AUGACCGAGUUGGAGCGUCUUUCUCUCAAACUGGAGCUACGCCGGCUGUUGACCGAGGCGGCGCGCCACCGAACCACGCUGCGCUACGCCGAUCUUGCUCGUGCGGCGCAGGUGCCGGCGCCGCACACCAUCCAUAAGACGGUGGACUUGCUGGAGGAACUGCUGCGGGAGGACCAUGCCGCCGGUCGUCCGCUGUUGUCCGCGCUCGCGGUUUCCCGCCGGGACGACGCCACCCCGGCGCCAGGUUUCUUCCAGCUUCUGACGGAACUCGGCCGCUACGCCGGUGCGGACCGCGGCCGAGAUGCCGCCGCUGCCCAUCGCCUGGAGCUGGAGCAGGCCUGGACCUGGUGGGGGCGGUCUUGA